AUGUCGGGUCGGGUGGGACGAAAAGAAAGGCGGGAGGGCGGCGGCGAGACGGACCUGCUCCUCGGCGAGCAUGUCGCCCAUGCGGUCCGGCGCAGCUGGCGCAGCAGCGGCGGUCGCAGCGGCGGUCAGGUCGGUCGCUGUGGCGCCGGUAGCGCCUGCUGCAGCGGCGGCGGUACCGUCGGCAGGGCGAGCGGCGCGGCGACGGCGACGGCGGCGAGGGAGCGUGAUGAACUUGGGAAGGGGCCGAGCGUCGAGGUCGAGAGCGACGUUUGUCGCAGCUUGAAGAGCCUGUGCAGAGGAAGGGAGAAGGAAGAGGGAAGGGAAGGGAAGAAGAAACUGCUCGCCCUCGGCCCGCACGCGAACGACGUGCUUGCGCUUGAGGUAGUCGGCGGCGAGGCCCGACUCGGCGUUCUGGAGCGAGUAGUGCCGCACGAGGGCGUUGUCGGCCGACGCCGUCGCGCUCGCGAUGAUGCGCUCCUUGGCCUUGGCCUUGGCGAGCUCGAUCGAGAACCGGUGCCCUUGACCCGGCUGCUCGACGCCGUACUCGCCCUCGUGGAAGUGGAGCGGCGGCGGGCCGUCGUUCCCGGCGAUGUCGGCCGGCACGACCGACCAGUCGUCCUCGCCGGGGAGAGGGACGAAGUACUGGCGCUUCCAGGCGCGGUCGCGAGCUUGAACGCCCGGCGCAGUAAACUCGAGCUUGCGCGGCAUGCGGGAGGAGCGUCGCGCAGCUCGUACAUCGAGCGCGUGCGGUGCAGGCGGUUGCCGGCGCCGGCGGUCGUCGGGCGAGAGCGCAGGGUCGUCGGCGAGGAGGGCUGGGUCGAGGAAGGCGAGGAGGUGACGGACGUGUCGAGCGGGGCGGGCGUCUUGAUGGGCGACGCCGGGCUCUGCGGGACCGUGCGCCGGGGCUCGUCCGCGGCGGCUGCGUGCUCGUGCUGCUUCUGCGCCGCGAGGCCGAAGCUGAGGAAGCCAGGCGUCUUCUGCGCCGCCGGCACGCCGCGCUGCCACACCGGGUCGAGCUCGGUGACGCCCGCCGUCCCGAGCGGCUCGCCGUCCUCGUCCAUCAUGCGCGGGCUCGCGAGCGCGACGACGCUCUGGCUCCGCAAGCGGUACAGGCCGGCUCGAGCUGCGCCGUCGGUCGUCGGCGACGCCGGGGCCGUGCCCGUGCGCUCGGCGGCCGCUGCUGCUGCCGCCGCCGCCGGCUCGACCGUGACGAUGCGGGCCGGGCUCGCCGCCGCGCUCGCCGCCGCGUCGACGUCCUCCUGCAGCGCCGGGCGUUUGCCACGCGCGACGUCCGACAUGCUCAUGAAGGCGAGCGGCGUCUUGGGCGGCGCGCCGCUCGCGCUCGCACCUCCCGCCGCCGACGACGACGACGAGGUCGGGCGCGGCAGGUCGAAGUACGAGAUGCCGUUCUGCGGUCGAGCGGUGCGCAUCGCGGGCGUCGGCGUGUGCGCGAACGAGACCCAAUUCGAGGGCCCGCCGCUCGCGAUGACGCCCGUCGCCGUCGAGGUCGAGACGGCCGACAGGCUCGGCAUGCGCGCCGUCGGCGGACGAGCGCCGCCGGGCGUCUGCCCUCGCGGCGUGCCGUACGCGCUCGCGGCAGGCGUGUGCGCGGCGGGCGUACCGACCGGGCUGCGCGUCGUGACCGGGCCCUCGUCGCCCGUCGCUCGCGACGGCGUGGGUCGAGAGGAGGCGGGGCAGGGCGCCGAGGCGCAGGCGGUGGGACGGGUCGCGAAGGGCGGGCGCGACAGGGGUGGUGCUCUCUGGCGGCGACGACGACGUGACGGCGAAAGGUGGCGCUCGAGGGAGGAAGAAGAAGACGCACCCUCGACCUCCUCGUCGCGCCCGUCUCGACUCAACUGCUCGGCGAGGGCAAGCGAGCCCCUGCGCCGCCGCUCUGCCGCCGUGCCGCUGUCCUCCUCGUCGCACGCCGGCGCAUCUGGCGAAGUCGGCGCGGUCGAGACGGCCGAUCCCGACGCCGUCAGGGCCGAGCCCUCGCUGCUGUCGCUCAGCCGCAACGGGCUCGCCGAGGUGGGCGUGAGCGACGACGAGGUCGAGGUCGAGCUGGCGAGGUCCGAGCCGUGGCUGCCCGAGUUGCGGCGACGAAAGACCUUUGCGAGGCUGACAGGCGGCUUGGACGAGGUCGGGGUCGACGAGGGGUGGAGCGACGAGGAGGAGAGCGAGUAG